AUGGCACCAUUACGACUAAAAGUUCAAUUAGGCGACGAGAAGAAAGGUUCUCGCACAAGACCUUUAUUACGUAAAUUUGUUUAUGCUAUUGAUUCAUCGUCAAAUCAAACUAUUGCCGAACUUUCACAAACAUUACAGGACUAUGUAGCCAAACAAUUCUCACAUGCAAAUCUCGAAAUCGUUCAUUUAAUGACCGAUGAUGGAUUUAUCUUAUCUAAAUCAGAUCUCUGUUCUCAUGUAUUGAAAGAUAACGAUCGAAUCAUUUGCGUAGAUAUGAGAAGAUUUAUCGAUGAUUAUCAUACAUGUAUUCAUGAAAGUAAUACCUGGUUAGAACGAAAACAGUAUGAUAUAACGGUCAGUCGAGAGAGAAUCCUUCGUAUAGGCCUCAAUUCAACUCCAGAAUUAUUCGUACGAUUAUUUGGUACAGUGGAGGUGAAUACUCUUUAUGUAUUUGGCAUUCAUGAAUUGAUUGCAAUUGCGAAUAGAAGGGAACCAAAUAAACUAAUUAGUCGGAUCGAUCAAACGAUGGAGUUUGAACCAGCGUCCUCAUCCGAUUGGUUUAUUGAAUGUAAAUGGGAUUAUGAGCAAGAUUCCAAUACGAGUUUAUUCAUCGUUUGCAACUUCAAAGUCAGUUCAAGCGAUGAAGUUUGGUCAGCAAAAUUACAAUUGAUUCUUGAUCAUUCUCGUCAACGAAUCGAAAAAGGUCAACUCAUUCUACUCUCUGGUGAAUCGGGUGAUGGCAGUACACUUACGAAUCAACAACGUCAACGUAUAAAAGAACUUGCUGCUAAGCUUCCACCACCGAUUCGAACUGGACCACAAAUUGCUUGUAGUGCUCCUCAAACGUUAAAAUUGACCAAACAUGAAUGCGAAGGCGAUUCGUUGGUUCGUAUGGCUAAUGGUAAUACCAACGCUGUUCUCCCGGAACAAAGCGAAUCGUCAACUCCGGGAAUGUUUCUGCAACACUUUACAAUAACUCACAUUGUAUUUUCGAAGAAACCGAUUAUUUUGCCUGAAAUACUCAAUCAAAAGCGUUCGCAAGCUGUCGACAAGCCUAUCACAGUUGCACAUGUAUCGGUUUUGUAUCAGAUGCACGAUGGCGGAUGGAAAGAAUGUCAAGAUAUAGCGAUUGGUAAUGCCGGAUCACGUGAAAUCGAAAUCAACUGGUUGCCACAUCUAAUAAUUAAUAUCGAGCCAGAUAAACUACUAUCAUACAGCAUCCGAGGCUCGAUGUUAAUCAAAGGAAUAUGUGGACAAAGUCAUAUGACAUAUGGGCGAUUUCACAAGAGUCUACCUCAACCAUUAAAACUAAAGAUCGUUGUUACUGAUAAUCAUGACAAGCAUUGUUCACUAAUCGUUGAACAAUUGAACGCACCACUUCAGCUAGUAACAAGCGAGUCGGUCAAGGAAUCCUCGUGGCACAUUAAAGAACAUCUAUAUUUUACUUACGCUGACGAUUGUGAAAAUGCUGAACGAUAUUUCAUCAACAUGUUUAUAGAUAAAGACGAUAGACUAGUUCUUGGAUGCUUGGGUGGGAACAAAGAAUCUCUCGACCGAAAGAAAUUCCUCACGAUGGAGUUCAAUGCGAAACAAACCAAAGUUCAUGAAAUUCCUCUUAACGAUCUAACUUACACGAAGGAAUCCAAUGAAAUCAAAGUAACAAUCCUACUCGAUCCAGUCACAUAUAUCAGCUAUGCCAUUCGAUUCGAAAUCAAAACAUUGACAUCGCGAACAGAAGAAACCGUACUUAUUCCUAUUGAUAAAAUAUUGUAA